CACGGAGUCGCUCGUACUCCUUCUCCUUCCGCUUCUCGUUCGUGUCUCCGGCGCAGCGACCGGCGCGUCCUUAGACAACGCGACGCGCGAGAUUCGUCGCUACCUCGAAGAAUUGUCGGGAUCAUUCUCGAUUUAGUUUCCCGAUCGUGUAGUUCGAUUUGGAACGCGGGAUUAGUUGGUUAGGAGGAAGACGCGGGGGGCAGAUGGAAAGGCAACGACAACGAACGUUUGGUUAAAAUCGCUGAGACGGUUAGUCUAUCGGGAGGUUCCGUGACAGGAUGCGGUGAUCGAGAGUAGCUACCGCGACAAAGAAGCCUUCGUAGGCUUCAGGCCGCCGCAACCAUGCUGUUGCCGGCCGAUAUGCUGGCGGCCCAGUCCAAGAUGGUAUAUCAGAUCAACAAGUACUUCGGGGAACGCGUGAUGACCAGGAAGAGUCAGGUGAUGAAGACGAUCCAGGAGGUGUGUCGCGUGGUUCAGGACGUGUUGAAGGAGGUCGAGGUACAAGAACCGAGGUUCAUCUCCUCUCUGACCGACUACAACGGCCGAUUCGACGGUCUGGACGUGAUCUCCCCGACGGAAUUCGAGAUCGUGAUCUACCUGAAUCAAAUGGGGGUCCUGAAUUUCGUGGACGAUGGCACAUUGCCUGGAUGCGCGGUAUUGAAGCUCAGCGACGGUCGAAAGAGAUCAAUGUCCCUCUGGGUGGAGUUCAUCACCGCGUCGGGUUACCUGUCAGCCCGGAAGAUCCGAUCGCGAUUUCAGACCCUGGUGGCACAAGCCUGCGACAAGUGUGCCUACAGGGACUCUGUGAAGAUGAUCGCGGACACGACUGAAGUGAAGCUUCGUAUCAGGGAGAGAUACGUGGUACAGAUCACGCCAGCCUUCAAGUGUGCCGGACUAUGGCCCAGGUCGGCCUCUCACUGGCCGAUCGCUCAUAUACCCUGGCCGCACCCGAAUAUCGUAGCAGAGGUGAAGACAGAAGGCUUCGACAUGUUGUCGAAGGAGUGUAUCGGUUUGCAAGGCAAGCAAUCGGCCAUGGAAGGCGAUGCCUGGGCGUUAUCCUUCAUAGACGCGGAGAACCGUUUACUGCAGGGUGGUAGCAGGAAGCGUUGCCUGAGCAUUCUGAAGACUCUCAGGGACAGACACCUCGAUCUACCUGGCAACCCAGUCACCAGCUAUCACAUGAAGACUCUAUUGUUGUACGAAUGCGAGAAGCACCCUCACGAAGCGGAAUGGGACGAAACGUGCAUCGCGGAUCGUAUCAAUGGGAUCCUCUUGCAAUUGAUCUCUUGUCUACAGUGUCGCAGGUGUCCACACUAUUUCCUGCCCAAUUUGGAUCUUUUUAAGGGCAAGUCGUCCACCGGCUUGGAAAACGCCGCCAAGCAAGUGUGGAGACUCACCAGGGAGUUACUAACCAACAGUCGCGCUUUGGAAAAGCUGUAGCUAGAAAAGCUAGAGAAGAACCCCGACGAUCUAUACAGCGAGCCAGCAAGCAUCUCGUGCUCGAGUGAAGUCGGCCAAUGAAGCAAUCGUGUGUGGAACGUAAAGCUGAGAUUCUUUCCACUCGGACAUCCUUCCUGAGUCCCAUGCAAGUUGAUGAAACUCGCACAUACGAGCUCCUGGGCGUCGUUAGGAGGAUCUUGGUGAAGCUAGCCGGGCCAUGAUCAAGCGUUCGCCGAAGGAUCUCGUUAAAAAUCGCGCUGUGUGUGCCCCAGAGCGGGAAUGAUCGCGCGUGUGUGAUUUUGUGGUCCACGUAGCCCGAAGACGAUCGAACCAGUGCCAUAAAUACGCCGACGUCGAAAGUCUCUGUUACAGUUUCGAGUCGCCGACGGUAGCCUAACUUCGAAUUAUCAACGACACCUAGCUCAUAACCGGUGUUACUCGACCUUGUUGCUAGAUCUUCCGGUAGCGAUCGAAAUAAUGUUCAACGCGUUUAAGAUCCCGUCGCGUGUGCUAGAAAUCUACCGUGGAUCACUCGCGAAUAACUUGUCACGAACGAUGACCGCGUCAGAGUCACCGGUUACGGGUUAUGCUUAAUUUCAUCCCCCUAACCGAACUGUCCCCCUCUUCCCCUAAACCCUCGUCACUAUGUACAUAUUUGAAAGAUAUUUAUUGAAAGUGUACACGAGAUAUG